AAUGCUAUGCUGGGCGGUGAGCUCACCUGCAGUACCUUACUGGUAGUGACUUGACUGAAAUAUUAUGCAAGUCAUAAUGAUGAUUCGGAUACAUGCGAUGUAUGGAAUACAUCCUUUUUGGCUAUCAUUUUUGUGGUACCCGUACCACAGGUGAUAGCGCAAACUGGAUGAAUCUGAGUUACGAGAGUCUGAUAUCCACUGCUAUAUGGGAGAUCCUCGCCUUCGUCCUUGCAGGCUGGGUUGUCUUCCGUGAGCUGCGACAAUCUCCAACAGGAUCGACCAUUAGGGGCUGUUUUACAGUGUUAACUAAAAGUCACGCAUUUUACUUUGUAGCAUUUGCCACUGUAGCUUGCUUCACCCUGGGCUCGCUGUCUACAAAUAUCACGUACUCGUCGUCUAUGGGAAGUACCCUUUAUUCCGGUAUUCUCGAAGUUGCCCAAGUGUUGCAGAUGUUUGUGCUGGGCCCGCAGCUGAUCCUCAGCAUUCGCGAAUAUCAUGCUAAGCUCGUGGCUGGGUCUGAUGAGGGAACACACAUGACAUCGAUUCAUUUCCAAGCUGGUGGCGAUGUGUUGACUGGCGGAGAUGUUUAGCACAGCGAUCCAAAUGGUCAUCUGGAGUUUCGUUGUGGUUUCUAUUUCGUGGUUUCUAUUUCGUGAUUUGGAGGAUUGAAUUAGGAUGCUGUAUUACUAU